AUGUGGGGCGAGAUUGAGUCCGAAUUCUCUCCGUGUUGGAGUUGGGAGUUGGAGUCGAAGUCGUUGAGGAACAUUUUCGGUGACCUGUUCAUCUCAUUAGGUCGCCUCGGUGUGUUAGCUUGUGGCGAUGACGGAGGAAAGACCCCACCACUUGCUGAUCGGCGCAUCAAUGAUGGCGUGGCUCUUGUAAAGUGGGCAACUGCCAGAGCGUUAUCUCGAAUGGGGAUUGCGGAUCAGUUCCACGCGAUUUGA